AUGGCACAGAUGUUCACCCCGCCGCUUCAUAGGCAGAGACAUCAGUUUGUCAUCGAUUUUGUGAAGAGAAACAAACCCAAAAAGGUGGUGGACUUGGGUUGUAGUGAGUGCAGCCUCCUCAAAAAGCUCAGGUUUCACCGUGAAAUUGACCUUCUGGUUGGAGUGGACAUCGACGGGACCAAAGUCAAGAAAAAGAUGCAUGGAUUAGCUCCUAUAUCAACUGACUAUCUGCAGCCCAGCUACAAUCAGCUGCGCAUUGAGCUGUACCAGGGCUCAGUCACACAGAAAGACGCCUGCCUCAGAGGAUUUGAUCUGGUGACCAGUAUAGAGCUCAUAGAGCACCUCACUCUUGCUGAUGUGGAGCGUUUCUCUGAGGUGGUGUUUGGUUACAUGACCCCCGUGGCAGUUAUCGUCAGCACCCCAAACUCAGAGUUCAACCCCCUUCUCCCUGGACUGGCAGGUUUCAGGCACAGGGAUCACAAGUUUGAGUGGACCAGAGCAGAGUUCAGAUCCUGGGCUCUGAAGGUGUGUUUGGAGUUUGGAUAUGAGGUGGAGUUCACUGGUGUUGGUCAGGCACCGUCAGGCCAGCAGGAGAGAGUCGGCUUCUGCUCUCAGAUUGGGGUGUUUCGUCGGCUCGGGGGGAGAGAUGGCUGCAAUAUGUUGCUUUGUGACGAUGCAGAGGAUGUUUCUCCAUACGUUCUGCUGUACAGUGUAAACUAUCCCAGCUUGCGUGACCACAACAUCUUGCGGAGGGUUCUGGUGAGCGAGGUGUUGUUUUGGGCAGAAAAACUGAAGAGAAGAUGGAUGGAGGAGAAGACUGGCGCUCAUAGACUGUGUCAGACUGAGGGAGGAGGAGAGGAAUGUCUGUCAGAGCGACACGUGGAGAUGAAGGAGAAGCAGACAGUGUGUGAGGCAGGGAUGAGAAAUCUUGUGGAGCAGCGUGGGAAAGGUGUGUCAGAGGAUCAGGAAGAAGAGGAUGAAGUAUUUGGGACAAAUGGGCAAAGGCAAGAAGAUUGUUGCACAUUGCACAGGUGUGUGUCUGUACCUCUGGAUGUGCUGUGGUCCUGCUGUCCCAAAGUCAGUUCCCUGAGUGGAAGUCUCAGUAAUCUCAGACGUCUGUUGAUGGAUGACCCUGAAGUUAAACUGAGCCAGGAUGGCACUGCUGUGCUAGUAAAUUACCAGGAACAAGACCUUGAAGAGAAGGAGGACCCUGACGAGUUAGAGGACAGUGGGUACGCAGAGGCCGGACAGUGCUCCCACACUACUGAACAAGGGGAGGACUGGGAGGCAAAUGUUUGA